UGCCGAGUGUAUAGGAGCUUAGACAUGGCAGCCGCACAGAGCAGCCGAGCAGCCGGGGGCAAAGAGAGCAACUUCAUAGCCCAGGACCAGAUCUGGAAGGAUCACAUCAGGACUGAGACCGAAACAGCAAAAAAAUGGCCAGAAAAGUGGGGAUUUCUAACAACCCCGUCCGAGGAGUUGGUGAAAAAUGAAGUAGAAGGAAUGAAGGAAAUGCCCCGUGUGAAGACCCCCGAACAUUUGCGGGUCCGAGCAGCAACCCCCGUUGAGACGUAUAUUAAGGUCGGACCAUCCCCCGCUGUCCCCCGGACCACUCAGGGAUUCGUCGGCUGGAGAUCUGCCGUCCCAGAGCUUCGGUUGGAGCGCUACGGCUCAUCCCGAUUCCUCAAAGGCGACUUCUGCAAACAGAUGAAGUGGCCGCCCGAGGGGGUCAGCUAAGCCCUCCGUCUCUCCCCUUCAUCUCUCCCCUCUGUCUCUCCCCUCCGUCUCUCUGCCAUCUCUCAUCCCACCCCAGGUAAUCUCAAAACAUGAACUGAAACUGUGCGGCGGUGGUAAACAGGACCGGCGGAAAUGGCUGGUUUUACAUAUUUUUUCUCUGCCGCAAGUUUAAUAAACAAACUCCAGGAUUUCUGUAAAUGUUAAAAAUCUGCAUGGAAAAUGUAAAUUCCGCCAUAAAGAGAUUCCCGCCUGCGCU